AUUUCUUCUUUUUAUGCAACACACUAUGAGCGUGCGGUGAGUAUAUAUAUAAUCAUGUGCUUAAUUCUGUUUGAAUUUUUUGUUUGCGGCGGAAAUUAUGUCAGAUUGUGGAUACAUUGUUACAUUGAGUAUAUAAUUUUGGUGCACGUGUGAAAAAUGUACUACUUGCUACAUUGUUGGUGUGCAUCUAUCUAUCUAUCAAUCUCUGGCCGGCCGUCCGUCCGUCCGUCCUAAUUAUAGUUAGUGAGCCUAACAACCACCGGAACCCAUCCAUCCAUCCAUAAUUAAGCAAGCAAGCAAGCAAAAGUAGGCUGGCUGGUGAUCCAUCCUAUCCUAUAGCUUAGCUAAAUCUGGUUUCUUUCCUUCUUCCCUCGCCGGCCGGGUAACAGCAAAUCGACCGAUCGAUGCGCGGCCGCCGGAGAUGAGCUGCUUCUCAUGCUUCAAGCCACAGCAGGCGGACGGCGACGACGAGGGGGAGGACAAGGCUCCGGCGGUCGGGCCACUCCCGUCCUCGGGCUCCAUCAAGCGGCUCGGCUCCCGGCGAAGAAGCCUGCGCUCCUCCUCCUCCACCAAGUCCGGCGGCAGCUUCGCGGCCAGCCGGCAGCCCAGCACGCGGCCCAGCAACAUCACCAGCUGCAGCGCGCGCGCCUUCACCUACGACCAGCUCGCCGACGCCACCGGCAACUUCCGCGCCGACUGCCUGCUCGGCGAGGGCGGCUUCGGCCGCGUCUACCGGGGGCGCCUGGACGACGGCCAGCUGGUGGCGGUGAAGCAGCUGGACCUGGAGGGCCUGCAGGGCGACCGCGAGUUCGUGGUGGAGGUGCUCAUGCUCAGCCUCCUCCACCACCACAACCUCGUCAGCCUCGUCGGCUACUGCUCCCACGGCCACCAGCGGCUGCUCGUCUACGAGUACAUGGCGCUCGGCUCCCUCGCCGACCACCUCCUCCUCCUCGACGACCGCUUCGCCGGCGAGGGUACCCCGAGGGCGAGGGCGUCGCCGGCCGCGCUGAGCUGGGAGACGCGGAUGCGGGUGGCGCUGGGCGCCGCGAGGGGGCUCGAGUACCUCCACGAGACGGCCAACCCGGCCGUCAUCUACCGCGACCUCAAGUCCUCCAACGUCCUCCUCGACGACGCCUUCUGCCCCAAGCUCUCCGACUUCGGCCUCGCCCGCCUCUGCAGCACCUCCUCCUCCGGCGCCGGCCCCGGCGAGCGCUCCCCGCGCGUCAUGGGCACCUACGGCUACUGUGCGCCCGAGUACAUCCGCACCGGCCGCCUCAGCGUCAAGUCCGACGUCUACAGCUUCGGCGUGCUCCUGCUCGAGCUCAUCACGGGCCGCCGGGCCGUCGACUCGGCGCGCCCGGCGCCGGAGCAGGUGCUCGUCACAUGGGCCGCGCCCAUGUUCAAGGACAGCAAGCGCUACCGCGAGCUGGCCGACCCGCUGCUCCGCGGCGACUUCCCCGAGCGCGACCUCAACCAGGCCGUCGCCGUGGCCGCCAUGUGCCUGCAGGACCAGGCGUCCGCCAGGCCGUGCAUGAGCGACGCCGCCGUCACGCUCUCCUUCCUCGCCGAGGCCGCCGCCGCCAGCGCCGCGCAGCCGCUACCGUUGCCCCCGCCCCAGCUGCAGGCCGAUGAAAACUUGCGAGAAGAAGAAGCCUAGAUGAGAUAGCUUAGCUUGAGCUUAAUUAAUUCAUUAUUAGGAUGGAUGGAGUCGACCGUACCUAAUGUGUUGAUUGAUUUUGGCGCCAUUGGUUGUAGUUUUGAUGGAUCAAGUAGAUGAUACUUGGAUGAUGAGUUGCAUUGGAAAGAGCUAGAGACAAACUUUGCACAUC